AUGUCAAGUCCUUCAGACACGUACAAUGCCACCACUCAAGGCUCUACGAAGACCCUCGAUGACCAUAAAGCAUCGAAGGCAGCAGAAAGUGCCAAUAAAGCAGCAAAAGCAGCGGAAGGACCAGAAAAGGGUUUAGCGCGAUCAUUGACGUUGACAAAUGGUGUGACAAUGAUCGUUGGUUGUAUUAUUGGAUCGGGAAUAUUCGUAAGUCCUACAGGAGUUCAAGAAGGAGCUGGUUCUGUGGGAUCAUCUAUAAUCAUUUGGAUUUUAUGUGGAGUUUGGUGUGUACAAUUGGAGCAUAUUGUUAAUGCAGAGUUAGGAACGAUGAUAACAAAAUCUGGUCGGCGAUUACGCGUAUUUGAUGGACGCCUUCGGACCUUUUGUCGCAUUUCUUCGUUGGCUUGUAGAGGAACUUCUGCCCAAGGAAGGGCCGGCCGUGAAAUAACCCACCCAAUUGCUCCCCUUUACGACAAAUUCUGCGGGUUUCCUGGCGAAGAGCUGUGA